AUGAGAAGCACGAGACGAGCCCUGGAGAGUUCCCACGCGCACGACAAAGAAAUGAAAGGGUUCCUCGCGUGCGUGUUCGCCGUGGCGCUCGGCGUCUCCGCCGGCAGCCGCCUCGGCAGCGGAGGCAUCUCCAGCAGCUACCUGCCUCCUUCUAGGGGAUCCUCCUCGUCUGGUGGGUUUGGCGGAGGAUCCUUCGGUGGUGUGUCAAGCGGAGGAUCCUUUGGUGGUGUGUCUAGCGGAGGAUCCUUCGGUGGCAGGCCGUCGGGUGGAUCCUUUACUGGCUCAUUCGGCGGCGGAUCGGGAGUAGGAUCCUUUGGCGGCAGGCCCUCUGGUGGAUCCUUCACCGGCGGCUUGUCAGGUGGCUCCUUUGGAGGCAGGCCGUCUGGCGGAUCCGUUGGAGGAGGAUUUUCCGGUGGUUCGUCAGGUGGCGUUUCAGGUGGCCUCUCAACAAGUUAUUUGCCUCCUUCAAGUGGCGGAUCCUUCAGCCAAGGAUCAAACGCUGGAUUAACUGGCGGUUCUUUCAGCCAAGGAUCAACUGGGGGAUCUUUCGGCCUAGGAUCAACCGGUGGAUCAGCUGGAGGGUCCUUCGGCCGAGGAUCCACUGGUGGGUCCUUUGCGGGAUCAGGAAGGGGAACGGGUGGCAUCAGCCUCUCCAGCAGCUACCUCCCUCCUGCAGGAAAGUAAAAGCAAGGGGAAUAAAACGGUCAUGUACGUGUGCAGAAUGCUGUAGCCACAACCAUGUUCCUAGCAAUUAAAA